AUGGCACCGGGGAGCCGGCGCGGGGGGGCCCGGCUGCUGCCGCUGCUGCUGCCGCUGCUGCUGCUGCCGGCGGCGGGCGCCGGGUGCGCGGCGGAGGGCGGCCCGCUGGAGCCCUUCGAUGCGCUCUACGCCAGCGGGGUGGAGGCGUACUACGGCGGGGACUUCGCGGGCGCGGCGCGGUGCCUGGAGCGGGCGCUGCGCAGCCGGCGGGAGCUGCGGGCGGCGCGGCUGCGGUGCCGGCGGCUGUGCCGAGCGCAGGUGCGGCUGGCGGAGCCGGGCCCGGGCGCCGGCGGGGACCUGCCGUUCUUCGGCUCGGUGCUGCGGCGCGCAGAGUGCGUGCGGCGCUGCGAGGAGCCGCGCCUGGGGGCCGUGUCCCGGCACCGCGCCGCCGAGGAGGUGCGCGCCGACUUCCAGCGCAGGGUGCCCUACAGCUACCUGCAGCGCGCCUACAUCCAGCUGAACAAGCUGGAGGAGGCAGCAAAUGCAGCUCACACCUUCUUCAUGGCAAACCCUGAGCACAUGGAGAUACAGCAGGACCUGGAGAACUACAAGACCACAUCAGGGAAGGUCACCUUGAUUGAUCAGGAGGCCAGGCAGCACAUGGAGGACUACAGUGCUGGGGUGAGGCACUAUGACAGGGAGGAGUACGAGCUGGCCAUUGAGUUCCUGGAGCGUGCCCUGAAGGGAUACUACUCCGAGGAUGAGGAUUGCCAGCUCAUGUGCGAGGGACCGCAGAGAUUUGAGGAGCACGAGCACCUGGAUUACAAGGCUGGUCUCUACGAAGCCAUCGCAGAUCACUACAUGCAGGUCCUGGCCUGCAAACACGACUGUGUCCGGGAGCUGGCCACGCGCUCGGGCCGCAUCUCGCCCAUCGAGAACUUCCUUCCCCUCCACUACGACUACCUGCAGUUUGCCUAUUACAGAGUUGGUGACUAUGUAAAAGCCCUGGAGUGUGCCAAGUCCUACCUGCUCUUCCACCCGGACGAUGAAGAUGUCCUGGAGAAUGCAGGCUAUUACGAGGGUCUCUUGGAAGGUGCAGUGGAUCCAGCCACCAUCAAACCCAGAAAGGAAGCCAAAACGCUGCUGCGGCGCCACAAGCUGGAGUCUCACCUCUUGCAGGUGGCUGCGGCCGGCCUGGGAUACGCCUACACGGAGCCGAACUACUGGAACAGGUACGGCGCCCGCCAGGACGAGCACAGUGUCCCAUCAAGCAUCAGCAGUGAACCCGAGGAUGGGCCCCGGCUGUCCCUGACAAAGAAACCCAUGCCAAAGCCAGAUCGAGAGCUGAAGGAGGGGGGCCCUCUUCUCUACAGUGACGUGAAGUUCGUCUACAACUCUCAGCAGCUGAAUGGCACCCAGCGAGUGCUGCUGGAUAAUGUCAUCUCGGAGGAGCAGUGCCGGGAGCUGCACAGGGUGGCCAGUGGGAUCAUGUUGGCCGGAGAUGGUUACAGGGGCAAAACCUCCCCCCACACCCCGAAUGAGAGAUUUGAAGGAGCCACUGUCCUCAAAGCCCUCAAGUAUGGCUACGAGGGCCGCGUCCCGCUGAAGAGUGCCCGUUUGUUCUACGACAUCAGUGAGAAGGCUCGCAGGAUUGUCCAGUCCUACUUCCAGCUCAACUCCACGCUCUACUUCUCCUACACACACCUGGUGUGCCGCACCGCCCUCUCCGGCCAGCAGGAGCGCAGGAAUGAUCUGAGCCAUCCCAUCCAUGCUGACAACUGCCUCUUGGACCCCGAAGCCAACGAGUGCUGGAAGGAGCCUCCUGCCUACACCUUUCGGGAUUACAGUGCCCUCCUGUACAUGAAUGCAGAUUUUGAAGGCGGCGAGUUCAUUUUCACCGAGAUGGACGCCAAAACUGUGACAGCCUCCAUCAAGCCCAAGUGUGGGAGGAUGAUCAGCUUCUCGUCGGGCGGCGAGAACCCCCACGGGGUGAAGGCGGUCACCAAAGGCCAGCGCUGCGCUGUGGCUCUCUGGUUCACCUUGGACCCUCUGUACAGAGAGCUGGAACGAAUCCAGGCAGACGAAGUGAUUGCAAUGUUGGACCAGGAGCAUCUAGGACCCAGUGAAAUGAACAUCAACCCAAAGGAUGAGCUAUGAACUAGGCCAAAGACUUUUUCUAUUAAAUAUUUAUUUAAUAUUGUUAAUCUUAUUAGAACCCUUCUAUUUUUGUACAGAGAUGCUGUAUAAAUUAACAGGUAAUAUGAUUGUGGAGUUUCAGGAAUGCCUCUUCUGUGUUUAGCACAGCUUUUGCUGGAACCUUCAUCCCUGUGCCAGCAUCUCCUAGUGGGGCUGACUCUGCUUCCAGCAUUCCCUGUUUUUCUCUAGCACUUCUCAGGACUCAUGCAGGCCCACUCUACCCCUUGAAGAACCCAUUUUUUUUCUUUCUCAGCCAAAAGUAGUGCUUCUCUUUAGCAUCUGCUGGAGAAAAUUCUGAGGUGUCCUAAUGCACCAAUCUUCCUGAUCCUGCUUCCUGCUGGGGGAAACUGGAGCACAAAAACUGGAGUUAUGACUGUCUCUCACCAUUGGAAAUAUGCCUUUUAGGGGAAAAAACAAAGGAAAACCCAAGUCCUAGCAAAAGAAGUGUCUCUUCUGUAAAUGCUUAACUCCGUCCCCCUUUUCAAAUCGGCCAGAGGAAAAGGUGGGGAGAAGGAGGGGAGGGCAGCUGUUCACUUUGGAGAGCUGACCCCCAUUUUGUUGUCCCUCCACGUGCACCAUGCUGCUGCAUCCAAGGCUUGAUCUGAAUGCUGCACCUUCCAUGUGGGCCUGUGCUGCCAUCCCCCAACCACCAGUGCCCAAGUGCAUCCUGCAAAGCUGCCCCUCGGUGCAGCCCCAGCCCUCCCAGGGAUGCCACCAGCUGCUUCUGCUGCAAGGAGGUGCAGGGGCUGGCACAGGUCAUGGUUUGUUUGUUCCUGUGGUGGUUAGCCAGAGCUGUGUCUCAAUCCAGGGAAAAUAAACUAAACACAUCUGG